AUGGCGAAAGGCGCAAAAACUAAGGCCGGCUCGUCAGCCGCGCCUGCUCGCAUUUCUGACCCCCGCUUCGCUUCGUUCGAGACAGACCCUCGCUUCCGCUUGCCCUCGAAGAAGAAGAACAAGACGACGAUUGACAAGCGCUUCUCGCGCAUGCUCGACGACGAUGAAUUCACAGCUGAAGCAAGAGUCGACCGGUAUGGAAGGAAGAUCAAGAGCGAUGCCAAGAAGAAGGCUCUGAAGAACCUGUACCAAGAAGAGGAUGAAGAGGGCAAGGUCGACGCCGAGCCCGAGGAAGAACAUGUCGAGGUGGACGACGAUGAGAUUGUGCAGAGAGAGCUGCGCGCGGCGCACGAUAAGUACGAUCCUGCCCGUGGCGGCGGUUUCUCCUCGUCGUCGGAGGAGGACGACGGUUCCGACAGCAGCGAAAGCGAUGAAGACGACUCCGACGAAGAGGACGGCGGGGUCGAGCUAGCGACGGCGGCGAACAUGCAGCAGUUCCAAGACGAACAGGCUGACGUCGAAGGAGGCGAAGUCACCAAGCGCCUGGCCAUUGUCAACCUGGACUGGGACCACAUCAAGUCCACCGAUUUGUUCGCCCUCUUCUCCAGCUUUGCGACCGACGGCGGGCGGGUCGAGCGGAUAUCUGUCUAUCCCAGCGAGUUCGGCAAAGAGCGCAUGCAGCAGGAGGAAGUCGAGGGCCCGCCAAAGGAACUGUUCAAGUCCAAGGCCAAAGACUCUGAUUCGGACAGCGACUCGGAGGAAGAGAGCGACGAGAAGAUCAGGAAGCAGCUCAUGCAGGAGGGCAACGAUGAGGACUUUGACAGCGACGCCCUCCGCAAGUACCAACUCGACCGUCUACGGUACUACUACGCGGUGAUGGAGUGCUCGGACCUGGUCACGGCGAAGAAGAUCUACGACGCGACGGAUGGCACCGAGUUCCAGUCGUCGUCGAAUUUCCUGGAUCUGCGGUUCGUGCCCGAUGACGUGGACUUUGACGACGAGCCGCGCGAUCGGUGCGAUAAGCUGCCCAGCUCCUACAAGCCCAUAGACUUUGUGACAAAUGCGCUGCAGAGCUCCAAGGUCAAGCUCACAUGGGACAUGCACCCCGAGGAGGCGUCGCGCAAGGACGCCAUGGCGAGGGCAUUCAGCGGCAGCCGGGCCGAGUUGGAGGAGAACGACAUGAAGGCCUAUCUGGCCAGCGACACAGAAGACGACUUUUCCGGGGAGGAGGACGAUGCUGCAGCGGGCCAAGAGGAGAACGGUGCUGACGAGGAGAGCGCGCCCAAGCUGUCCAAGAAGGAGCUCGCGAGGAAGAAGAUGCGCGAGGCACUGGGCUUGUCUGACGAGCCCUCCAAGGGGUCCAAAAAGGAUGUGCCCGUGGGUGACAUGGAGAUAACUUUCACGCCAGCGCUGUCCGAAAGCGCCAAGGCUGAGAAGGACGACAAGGAAGAGACGACGAUUGAAAAGUACGCACGCAAGGAGCGUGAGCGCAAGGAGAAGAAGCGUCAAAGGGCCAAGGCCAAGCGCGAGGGUGCUGAUCCAGACGGUGCUGAGGAAGAGGAGGACCUUGAAGUGGCCGAGCCCGCAGCGGGUCAAGACAAUGAGGAUCUUGGCUUUGACGACCCCUUCUUCACGGCCGAAGAACCAGCGCCGCAGUCCAAGUCCGCCCAGCGCAAGGAGGAGCGCCUGGCCAAACGCGAGGCCCGCCUCGCCGCCGAAGCUGCCUCGGCCGCCGACAAGGCCAAGCUGGAGAAGGUCAUGGCCGAAGACGCCGCAGACAAUGAGCAGGCGGCCCAUCUGGAUCACUUUGACAUGAACGACAUUGUCAAGGCGGAGAAGCACGGGUCGAAGAAGGGUAAGGCGUCCAAGAAGAAGGCGCAGGACGUCAAGGCGCAGGGCAAGCUGCAAGAGGAGUUCCAGAUGGACGUGGACGAUGCGCGUUUCAAGGCUGUGUUUGACAGCCAUGAGUUUGCCAUCGACCCAUCGAACCCCAAGUUCAAGGCGACGGGUGGCAUGAAGAGGCUUCUCGAGGAAGGGCGCAAGAAGAGGAGCGGUGGCGCUGACGAUGAUGAUAGUGGUGGCGGCGAGCAGCGGAGGAAGAAGGCCAAGAAGAGCGGGCGGUAG